UUGACACCUGACAUCAGACUCACCUGUGUUCAGGUGAGAGGAGGUGUGAGGAGGUGUUCAGGAGGUCACUCUACUUUUCCUCCUGUGGACGCAUCAACAUCAGCUCAAUGUAGCAGAAGAGGUUGACACCCGCCCUAAACCGUGAGUGCUGUGCUGCAUUGUGACUAGAAGCUGCUUCUCCAGAGAUCCGAGGGACACGAUCAACUACUCAGGAAUGUGAACCAAUCAGAAAUCUGCAGAGUGCCCACUCUGAGGUAAAAACAAGACGCAGCCGAGCCACGUGUUCACAUCACCUCGUUGACCUCGCGCCCUGUGAUGUCACUUUGUGUUUUAGGGCACAGAAGGUGACGGGUUGUGCCAGGAUGAGGAUGGAUCUCGGGUUGGCUCUGCUCUUGCUGCUGUCUGCAGCAGUUGAGUGCAACAGCAUGUCUCCACCGGGGAAACCAGUCCUCCUCGGCUGCAGGUCCCCUGAGAAGGAGACAUUCACAUGCUGGUGGGAGCCCGGCUCUGACGGAGGGCUGCAGACCACGCAUCGCUUCUUCUAUGAGAGAGAAAGACUGGAAGGAAUUCACGAGUGUCCAGACUACCUCUCUGCAGGGAAGAACUCCUGCUUCUUUGACAACGUCCACACCUCCAUCUGGGUGGAUUAUUAUCUGACAGUGGUGGCCUCCAAUGCAUUAGGGAACGUCACCUCAGACACCUUUAAGAUAGAUGUCAUGGAGAUUGUGAAGCCCAACGCUCCUGGAAACGUCAGCCUGCAGGUGAUGAAGAGGGAGGACAACCCGUAUCUCCACAUCAGAUGGGAGAGUCCCCAAAACACAGACACCAAGUCAGGAUGGGUCACCAUUAAAUAUGAACUCAGAUUAAAACAAGAGGACGCCAACGUGUGGAGGGAGUACACGUCAGGAACACAAACCCAGUUCAACCUGUACAACAUCAAUCCCGGGGUGAUGUACGUGGUUCAAGUCCGCUGCAGAUUAGACCAUGGCUCCUGGAGCGAGUGGAGCAACUCUACCUCUUUGAAAACCUUUAACUAUCCUCAGAGUGAGAAACCCUUUUGGAUAUUGCUUUCCACCCUCUCUACAGUUCCAUUUCUAACAGCAAUGUGUGUCUUGGUCAUAAAGAGGAAACAUGUGAAGCAGUGUCUUCUGCCUCCUGUUCCUGGUCCAAAGAUACGAGGAAUUGACGUUCAACUUCUCAAGAGGGGACGAUCUGAAGACGUCAACAAUGCCCUGAUCAUCAACCAGACAUUUCCUUCUGUGGAGGCCUGGAAGGACGAGAUCGAGGAGUAUUUAAUCGUGUCUGAUGACGUGCGUCUGCCCAACUCGUCCAGUUCUCAAAAAGGGAAGAAAAGCUUGACUGGCUUCCUCUUAAACUUGGAAACCCACUGCAAGGAGUCGCCCCCGGGCCAAAGUGACAGGGAGAAGGCAGAGGAAAGAAGGAAUGAAAUAAAUAACUUUGCAAACACCAAUGUGUCUCUCUCAGGAGUGAGUUUAUAUGAAAGGGAGACACUGCCAGAGACCACAAAUCAGGGGUGGUCGAGCUGCGACACUGCCACUGGGAGCGGUGUCCAACAUCUAUCGAACAGCGGUUACGUGGAUUUUCAGAGACAUAAGAACAUGCAGGAGGUGGAUGUGAGUGAGGCGGACUACACCAGAGUGAAGGAGGUGAACGGUGACAAUAUCCUCAUCCUCCAUAGAGACAGAGUCCUUGGCUGCAUGGAUGUUCAGAGACGAGACGAGAACAUAUCAGAGGACUACAGCAAGGUGGAGGAGGUGGUCAGUGACAAUAUGCUCCUCCUGCGGAGACAAAGCGCCUCCGCUGACUCCUCCUGUAGGGAGAAGAGUGACCGCUACACAGAGUGCAGCAAUAAGAAGCAGAGAAAUCCUCAUGAAGCUGGAGCCAGUGUAGUGGGAGCGUGCCCGGAACUAAUUGGCAGCGGAUAUGUUUAUACUAUCCCUACACCACCUUUAAUGUAAAGUGUAGUUUAAUUUUAACAAUUAAAGGGGCCACACUCUGCUCGUAUUCAGAAUUAGUGUUAUUACUUGAAAAGGUUUACAAGCUCGAAUGUUCAAAACAAAACAUCACUUUCCUCAGACUCAUCUUUUCAGCACCUUUCUAAAAACUCGAUUCUUGAUUUUACCUUCUGUGUAAAGGACUUGGAUGGAUUGCAAUGACAGUUGACAUUCAAGGUCACCAGAGGAAGAACCAUACUGACUUGGAUGAUCCCCUUAUGUGUCCUCUGUUAACGUUUGUGGUUCAAGUUGAAUAUAUAACAUUACAUCUUGUCAAUGAUUAGAUGCAUUGCUGUGAUAUUUGCUGCAGAUAUCCAGGAUUUCCUGAGGAUGAAUUAUAAUUACAACUUUUACUCCAUGAGGUCUGACACUUUUGCAUUUGUGUAAAAAUAGUUUUGUUAACAUAGGAAACAUGAAACCUUAUAACAUCGAGCUAAUUCAGUUGUAGUUACGCUGAACAUUCGUUAGCAGCAAGGAAUGGAGAAUCAGCAGAAGAGUAGUUGGUGGUUAAAAUGUUACUUAAUGGCUUUGCUGCUUGUUGCUUCAGCCCCAGGGUUUGGAACACACGAGUCAUUCUGGUUUAUCUGGGAUAUUCACACCAGAAGACUGCACUGCUUCUCCUAUGUCGUCACAUUCACAUUACAAAUUCAUGAUAAUGAAGUUUUAAACGAGGUGACAUAUUCUUAUGUAAGCAACAGGCACGUUUGGAUGAAUAACAAUAGAUGUCUGCAUAGCGAAUAAUAAUCAAUGUAUUUAAUAGCAAUUAUUUAUUUUGCACGACACAAAAUGCAGCUGAUAUUGAAUUACUUCCUUUAACUGAUUUGAAGUUUCAUUCCAAAAGGACAUAUCCUGUUUUCUUUAAAGUCACAAAUGAUUUGAUUUAGUAAACACACAUUUAAGUGACGAAUUUGAAAUUCUAAGUGUUUGACUUUGAGACCAAGAUCAUUUUUGAAUUAAACAGGCAACUUUAAAUCACAUUGUACAAAAGGAUUCAUUCAUUUAAAGAUAUUCAAAUGUGUAACAAUUACAUCUUGUGAUUUGUUUGUUUCAUAGAAACAAAGACAGCAGACAUAGCUUGACAUCUGUGUGCAUCUUCAGCAUUGAGUCUGGUCUUGUGUGGCACUUUGCAUAGUGCAGUUAUUCUUUUGGCCUCAGGUUAAGGACAGACGCUUCAGUAGCAUGUAGCAUGUCUGUGUCUCUGCUCUUUCUGAACUGAAGUCAUAAAAAUAAUCCCAUGAAAAUAAAUGUAUUUUCUUUAAUCAAAAUAAAGAAAUGUCAGAUAUAACUAAAUAAACUUAAUUCAGAUCAAAAUCCAGUUAUACUUUGAGAAAUAAUAUAAUUAACAACAAACCAAUUUCUUGUUAAACUUUCAUAUUUUUGUCAGUGCAUCAAGAAACAAUCAACUUUGUCAUGACACUAAAUCCAACUUGCCUGAACCCAAUCCCGCAAGAUUCACUGAGGUUCUCUGUCUGCACUUACAAGCUUCUUCUUUUUUUUUAACCAAAUCAGACAUUGAAUCACUUUUACAAUAUGAUUCAACAAACUCAAAUGUUAAUAUUAGUAAUUUUGACUUUCAAAAGUAAGGAUCAUUUAACAUAAGUGAAUCUUCUAUAACUUUAGAUCUUGAUCAAUUAAAUCUAAAUUCUGACUUAAUUUUGCCGCUUAAAAUGUGGAAAUGUAUUGCUUUUUUUUUCUUUAAGUGAUUGUCACUGAGCAAUUUCAAUUACUGUAAACAAAAAAAAGAAUUUUCUAGUUCCUUUUACGUUACUCUAUAACUCAACUACCAGCAGGCACAUUGUCUAGUUUAACAGUUUUUCUUAUUGAAAGAACAUAAUCCCUGGCAGCCCAUAUAUUGUGCAUUGUACCUACUGUUUACCAUCAAAAAACACACCCUAUGUAGUAUAGUCUCCUUUAAAAAGUAUUUCUUCCUCACGUCAUUUUUUAAGGUAAAUUAAUAACAUAGUUCAAUUCCUAACUUUAAACUCAACCUCGUUGUGCAAUGGUGGCCUGCAGGUGCAACACUGGGCUCAAAUAAGGAUCAAUAAGAUAAGAGCUGCGACACAAUGGCUAAAACAAAAUGAUCAUUGAUUAUUUCUUGGUUCAUAUUUUAUACACAAAAUUCAUAUUGUGGGAUCUAUUCAAGUGACAGCUUUGGUCCUAGUAUGUUAGUGGUUAAUCUCCAGUUUAGAAACCCUCAGAUAUACACAGAUUUGCCCAUUUAUCUUUAACUCAAACACAAAAAUAUUACUUUAGCAGUUUAAAAAAAAAAAAA